UAAUUGCCUUUGCCAAGUCUGCCUUCUGCCCUUCUGGGUCUGGGCUUCUUCAGCUCAAUAACCUGAAGUACGAAGGCUAGAGCCUUCGAGGAUUGAGAAGAUGCUGAUGCAAAGCUCGGCGAUAUUUGCAACAAAGCCAGCGUCGGCACCUCUUGGGGUAAAAGCAGUGUAUAGAACAUCAUCAGGCGAUUCCAAUUCCAUGGCUGCUACCGUCCGCGGCCCCAAGUGGGCUCAGAAGACCAUAACUCUUCCUCCCCACCGCCGAGGCUGCCAUCUCGUUACCUCUCAGAUAUUGAAGGAAAUUAGACCAGAUUUAUCGGAAUUUAAGUGUGGCCUCGCUCAUCUAUUCUUGCAUCACACAAGUGCUUCUCUAACCAUCAAUGAGAAUUAUGACUCGGAUGUUCGUGACGACACGGAGACGUUCCUCAACAAAAUAGUUCCAGAGGGAAGAUCUGCGCCUUGGAAGCAUACACUUGAAGGUCCUGAUGAUAUGCCAGCCCAUAUCAAAUCAUCAAUGUUUGGCUGCUCCCUUACGAUUCCUAUCACAGAUGGACGGCUUAACAUGGGAACUUGGCAGGGAAUAUGGCUUUGUGAGCACCGAGAUGCUCCAACAGCUCGUAAAGUGGUGGUCACCCUUAAUGGCAUCUGAGGUCCUAAAAUAUGGAGAUACUCUGUUUCUUUUAUCUUUGUAAUGGUAUUGUACUUAAAAGGUGGUUUUUGGAUAAGAUCUGCUUUACUUGUUGAUGGUAUGUUAUUAUUAUUGUGUAUUCCAGAUUUUAUUCAGGAUUUGGUCCUGUGAUAGAUGAAUAUUUGUUAGAAUGCUAUAAGCUGCAAGUGUUAUUUUGUCGAAUGACCAUUGACGGUAGGAUGAUACAUAGGA